UCGAGUAAUUGUGUUGCAUGGCCCAUGAUUCGGGUCUGUGUCGAUAGACACCAGACUUCCAAAUUAAAUAACAAUCCCCCACCCAAAAUAAAAAUUUCUACAACAAAAGACUAACCCAGUUUGCUGCGGUAGAGCAAACCCACAAAAGAAAAACCCUUCCUUUGGCUACAGGUCACUCCCCCCAAUCCUCUACUCUUUCAAGGAGAGAGAGAGAGAGAGAGAGAGAUGCCUCAAGCUGAGUCUUUUGGCCUCUCUUUCUUCAUCUUCUUCUUUGUUCUAUAAUGAAACCAAGUUCUGAUAAACUAUUCUUUGGUGGAGAAAAAUGGCUUUGAACUCUUCAUUUGUUUUCGAUGCUCUUUAUUGUUCAGAAGGGAAUUGGGAGGAAGGGGCUAGAGAAGGGUACUUUGUUGAAGUGGAAGAAGAAAGUUGUUAUAAUAAUGGGAUUAAUAAAUCAAACCCUUUUCCAAUCUUGUUAGAACAAGGCUUAUUCUGGGAAGAUGAUGAACUUUCCUCUUUACUUUCCAAGGAACAGCAAAAUCAACUGCAUGAUAGCCUUCAAACCAAUGGGGAUCUAGCUGACGCUCGCCGUGAAGCUGUGGAAUGGAUGUUGAAAGUCAAUGCUCACUAUUCCUUCUCUGCUCUCACUGCUGUUCUUGCUGUCAACUAUCUUGAUAGAUUCUUGUUUAGCUUCAGGUUCCAAACUGAGAAGCCAGGGAUGACUCAACUAGCUGCUGUAGCUUGUCUUUCUCUUGCAGCCAAAGUUGAAGAAACCCAAGUGCCUCUCCUACUGGACUUACAAGUGGAGGAGAGCAGGUAUGUGUUUGAGGCCAAAACUAUCCAAAGAAUGGAGAUUUUGGUACUCUCCACCCUUCAAUGGAAGAUGAACCCUGUAACCCCACUUUCAUUUCUUGAUUACAUUGCAAGGAGGCUUGGAUUAAAGCACCAUUUUUGUUGGGCAUUUCUUAGGAGAUGUGACCGCAUUCUGCUCUCAGUCAUUUCAGAUUCUAGGUUUAUGUGCUAUCUUCCUUCUGUAUUGGCCACUGCUACAAUUCUGCGCGUCGUGGAUAGUGUAGAACCUAAUCUUAGAGUAGAAUACCAAAACCAGCUAUUAGGCAUCCUGGGAAUUGAUCAGGACAAGGUAGAUGAAUGCUGUAAGUUGAUAAUAGAAUUGGCAACAACAAGAGUUGAAGGCAACCAAUCAAAGAAACGCAGGUUUAGCUCCAUUCCGGGAAGCCCAAAUGCCGUAAUGGAUGUGUCGUUUAGUUCUGAUAGCUCGAACGAUUCCUGGGCAGUUGCAUCAUCUGUGUCUUCUUCACCUGAGCCUCUAUCCAAGAGGAGCAGAACUCAGCAAGACCAGCUUCGGGAAAGGCUAAGCCAUGCUCCUUCAGACUUUCUCAGCAUUCCCCGCUAAAUUCCGCUUUUUCCCUCUCCUGGACUAUAAAUUAGUCUUUGUAAUAAUGUUGCUGUUCUUUUUUAUAUGAUGCAAGUUAAAUUGCUUACCAUCUCUGCAUUUUCCAACCAAAACCCCAAUUGAGACAGAUCUUCAGUUUCUGAUUCUCAAUUGUCUCUUUAGGGUGAUUGGCGAGGAAAUUUGGAAGCAGAGAUGGUUUGCAUUUUAUCCGGAAGAAAGUAAAAAACAAAUAUGAACAUAGCAUGAUAGCCAUGCAGAGUUCUUGCAUUAAUGCUUAAGCCUUUUCUAUUUUAUGAACAUAAUGAUAAUUUCAGUCGUCCAAUAAAACUUAAAAAA